ACCGAAACGUGGACCCUUUGUCGCGCGCGGUCUGCUUCAAGGGGCGAUUCCGACAAAGCCAGACGCUACGCUUCGGCGUAGAAACUGCUGGGCUUUCGGAGUUGCCCGCUGUCGUAAUAGUGAUCUCUAAUCCGCAACGCCGCUUGUAACAUGAAGGAGCCUCGCAGGGGACAUUCUCGGCGCUGUCGCAGCGUUGAGUGCCGCAGCGAAAACGCCGGCGAAGAGCACCUCUUCAGGAAUCCUCUCAGCAAGUGGUACCGCGGCCGACGGCGAAGCAAGGACGACGAGGCUGGGCUGCUGGACGCCGAGUACGAUGGCGGCCACGAGAGCCACUCGCAGCAGCAGGUGCGGGGCAGCCGACAAUCCACGGUGGCCAGCAUUAGCAGCUCAGGGGGAGCGCCGAAGUCAUCGACGAAGCCCAACAAAAGCAGCAGCAGCAACUGUUCGUCCAAGAAGUGCCCUUCUUCCACGACGUCGCCGCAGCCGCACAAGCCGACGGCAGCCAACGGCGGCUACGGCCCACGGGUGCGCAUCUCCCUGCCAGAAGAAGACCUGAGCACCAGGGCCAAACAGCAGAGCCGCACUGCGGCCCAUCAGCAAAAGGCUGAAUGUGCAGACAAAUCUGAGGUGCCUGCUUUGCCACCCAGACCAGCGUCGUGUCAGCCCACGCAGCUGCCCAACAAAACACGGUCAUUGUGUCCAGCCGAAAGGGCCCGAUGCAACAAACACGGUUCUUGCAGGCUGGCAUUCCCAGGCUGCCACAACCAAGAGUCUGGCCACUCACUGUCCAGGGAUCUCACCCAGAGCCCUGCCAGAGCUAUGGGUGUACAGUCACUGGACGCCCUGCUUGGCCAGCUCUGUUCAGGUAACUGCAAGAUCUCCAUGAAGGUCAAGGACAAAGAUGGCAAGGCGCACAAGGACAAAGACAUCAAAGUCCACAAGGAUGACGACAGCAAGACACUUGCCCACAAACACAACGAAAUCUGCUGCAUGAAAGAGGCAACUCAAUGCAGCCGAAGGCAAGUUUCUUCCAUUGAUGUGCCACCUGCUUUUGCAAUGUGUUUUCCCAAAACGUUAAGCUUCCACUUCCCUACCACCUUUCCAACAAGCAUAGAAGUCCUCAUGACAGUAAAUCACUCAUGCACGACACAUCGAUCACUGUCUGAGCGAAGCCUGCAGCGUGACAGCUCAAUGGUUAGUGUGGUGCAUUCGAAACCAGGCCACCAAGACAUCAUCUCCAUCCCCAAGUCCCGCUUCAUUGUUGUGGCCGCACUGCUUACCUUUGUGAUGGUAGCCUGCCUUUGCAUCACCAUAUACUCUUUCUCUGUACCUGCAGAGCACGACCACAUGCAAGGAAACCAAUCCACCAAGUCGGCAAGCCCAAACCAGAAUAUGCAGUCUUCGUCAAGCCCAGCUGUUGGUGGCAAUACAACUACAGUCGCCACCCCAGGUGCUGCAUCAAAUGCUUCCCAAAGAGCACGAGCCCAGUAUGACGCCCCACUUCUACAUCAACGGACAGACAUUAACGUCCCGCAAAGCCGGCCACGUAUUGUGAUCUUGUAGUCUGGAAUGCCAUUGAACUCUGGAAAUUUGUUGGUUAAUGGGCAGAUUAUUCUAUUACUAGGGAAGAACUGCUCCAUAAAGUAGUUUAAAACGCAUAAACGGGGUGGAGGGAUGGUGAAAAGCAAGCUUGUGGCACGCUUUAGUACAGAAAACCUACAGUGCUUGCCUAUUGAUGAGAAAGGUUGCUGCCUCUACAAUUGUACAGCCGUACCUGCACAAUGUGAAUAACACAAACUCCAGCACCACUUGUGGUUCGUUCUUACGAAAUGCAUAAACAUAAACGUUGGAUGUUCAAAAGUGAAGCUUCAGCACUUAUGGCUGGUUUUUACAAAAUGCACGAACAUAAAUUCAGAAGUGCAAUAUACAAGACAAGCUGAAAACGAGGCGGGAAACAAGUGCUCAUUGCUUUCAUCUUUGGCAGUGAAACGAUUUCACUGAAAACGAUGUAAACAUAACUGCAAGUGCAAGAAGCUUCAGUCAUGAACUUAAGGAAGGUCACAAACUUGCAUAUUAGUUAUCAACAAUGCAAUGGCAGUGUUCACGUCUCUUGCACAACUGCUACAGCACUUUUCUCCCCAGAAGGCCACGUACAAGCAUUCC